AUGAAAGAACACCCCAAGGUGAGUGUGGAAACACUCCUGGAGGUGAGCAUGAAAGAACACUCUGAGGUGAACGUGGAAGCACUCGUGGACUCAUCCCCAGAUGUGAGUGUGAACCCAUCUCCGGAGGUGAGUAUAGACUCAUCCCAGGAGAUGAGCACGGAAGCAUCAUCUGAAGCUAGUGUGGACAUAUCUCCCGAGGCGAGCAUGGAAACACUCCCCGAGGAGAGUGUAGAAGCAUUCUCAGAGAUAAGCGUGGCUGCACUCCCAGAGGAGAGUGUGGAGGUGCUCCCCAAGGAAAGCACGAAAGGGCCUUCUGAGGCAAGUGUAGAGGCGCCCCUGGAGACCUCCCCUGAGGUGACCGUGGAAAUAUCUUCCAAGAAAUCAGAAAUGGAUGAACAGCCCUCAAAUCCUAUUACCAAGAAGCGCAUACCACCAUCGCAGAUACCGUGUUAUAGAUGGUCGUCAUCUCCUACAAGAAGGUGGCGUCCACCAUCUCCCAUCAGUACUAGGCAAAUUCAAAAGAAUUGCCCCCUAUCACCUUCACCUGGCAUGUCAAAACAAUCGACACAGUUUUGUUUUUCCUAUAAAGUAACUCCUAUGCAGCGUACUGUACUUGCACAAAAUGCAUUAGGUACUAUGGGAAUGAAAAGCAAAGCCGGUUCUAACACCAUUAACAACUCUGAGACUGCAAGCCAAAAGGAUAUGAUCUGUGAAGAAUCUGGUAAUAAAGGCACACCAGGACCUAAGAAUGCUGAGGAGGCAACAAAGAUUUUGGCAGAAAAACGACGCCUUGCUCGUGAGCAAAAAGAAAAAGAAGAAAGACUACAAAAAGAGAUGGAACAAAGGAAAAUGAAAGAUGUAGCAAAGAAAGUGGAUGAAGGUCAAGAAGACAAAUUUUCAAAAUUUGGAGAUGGGCAACAACCAAAGGAGAUG